GGAGCGUUCAACCUAUCCCCGAGUGCGUCGGUUUGCCGUCCUGUCAAGAAGUGACAAAACAGUUCCCCUGCAUUGUUAUGUCGCUUGAGAAUGAUAAUGUUCACGUUGUAAAAAAUGAUGCUUCUCUGAAUCCAUCAUCUGAUCAGUCCGUAUCGGGUCGAAGUCGAAGUCACAGCACUGGUAGCGUUUCAAGGCCAUUUGGCGUAGUCUGUGACCAAGAGUCAAAUCCUACUCACUAUCGUGUCGCAGCCAAACCAUGCCUAGUCCUCAGGUCAUCCAGUUCUACUGGCCCUAGACCUACAUCUACCAGUAAUUUAAAAUCCAUCGAUCCUGGAUCAUUUCAACGAACACUUUGUGAGGUUUCUUCAUACUAUGAACCCAAUGUUGCAUGUACCAGUGACGCAAUCACAAGUGGUGUCAAUAAAAAUAUCUCUUUUAAAUCAAAGCCAAGUAGCUUCUCUUCUCCACCAUCUAUUGCUCAGGCAUCCUCUUCAACAUCAUUGGGAGCAAGGCGUAGGCACUCACAUAUAGAAUUCUUGGAUAAGCAUGGAAGUCAGUCUCGCAGCCCACCUCCUUCGGUUGAUGCUAUCAAAGCUAUAAACAAUGUAAGUCCGUUUGUUAAAGUUUAUAUUGCAAGAAUUAUUUUGGCUGUUUAUUUUCAAUGAUUUUGUAGAAUGAGUUUUUCCAGAUAAAAAAAUAAUUGGAAGUAAAACGUUGCGAUUGUUUUUAGCUCUGUUUGCUAAUGUCUUUGAAUAACUUGUAGUGCCUGCUAUUAUGUCAAACCCAUAUUGGCUUUUCUAGCUUCUGAACAGACAAAUUUACACAUUCUUCCCAAGCCGCAUUUUGAUCUCGUCAGUUAUUCAAUUAUUAACCCUGACUGUUUUUAUAUGAUCGUAUGUGUGCCAAUUGCUUAUCCUAUUCAUUAUGUGUCUGUAAUUUAUUUUUGUCCGAAUUAAAAUAUUGAGUCACGAUUGAUCAAUACGAGUUGGAUAACUCGCCUUCUCCACCGCGCGUUGUUUCGUCUCUCUUCAUUUCUCUGAUUCACCUUCACAUGAACAAAUAGAUUUGAUGAUGGAAUUACGUACAAAUUAGUUGUUCACUCGAAUUUUGUUGUUCCUAAAUAACACCACUUCAGAAAAGGAUUUAAUAAGACGAAUUGCCGAUGGAUGGACAUAAAUAGUGUAAAAACAAGUAAGUGACUAUCAUUCAUGACUCAGUCGCUUAGUACAUAAUACGAUUUUUGAAGCGAUGGGUACUAGGUCCGGGUUUUAGUGCAAAUAUCAUGAUUGCGAGGUGUUCACAUCCAGACGAAGAGUCCUGGAUUGAAUAAAACGCACAUCCGGGAUUUCACUGUUGGAGACUGAACACUGAAGUAGCUGUGUAUCUGUUCAAAUUAUGACUAUCAUUAUAUGUGUGAUGAUCAACAUGAAUCACAACAAUUAAUCAUACCGAUAAUAGUCCAUAAACCAGGAGGAAAUACGUUGACAAAAUAACAUACAAAACUGGUUAAUUUUGUAAUAUAACUGGUUCCAGCACAACAAAUUAUCUCUAUAACUUCUUAAUGUGACGAUGGAAUUCGGAAUGCUAUCAGUUUCGAUUUGUAUUAGCAGAUUAUUCUUUAUAUUGUUAUCCAGUUGUCUUUUACUUUUUUAUAGAAUAUAAAUAAUCUAAUGAAUACAUGUAAUGGUAAUAAUGAUAUCAACGGUUUGUCAAACACUGAUGAUAUUAUAAGUCCAUCCAAUUCUCCUGCACCGCCUUUAGCCCAAGCUGUUGUCGCUGCGCUAAGACAGCAUCAUCAUAGUUUGUUAAGAUCAACAACAAAUACAUCGACAGCUUCUUCAUCGCAUUUCUCACCUAGUUAUUUAUCUGAUGACAAUCCUGAUGAUGUUGAUGAUGAUGGGGUAAUGGAUGGAGAAAUGGAGACAGAUCAAGUCGAUAACGAUAAUAAUAUCGAUGAAGAAUAUGAUGAUAAAAACUUUCAUGUUCACGAUCAAGAUUGUACAAUUAAUUUAUUGUCUGAUGAAUGUCAUCACCAACAAUUGAUUGAAUUAGAUGGUGAAAGUGGAUAUGGUGCAUCAUGUUCAUCGUCAUCAGUUAAACUUAAUCAUAGUUCUGAGAAUAAACGUGAUAAAAAACGUCGACGUAAUCAAUUUCAAUAUAGAACAACUAGUAUCGAAACUGAUACAACAGAUCAUUUGGCAAUUAGUAAUCAACCAAAUGAUAAAUUAUGUGAAGUAAAAAAUUCAAUAAAUGUAUCACCACAUCCUUCUGGAGUUAUUUCAGAUUGGACUAAACCUAAAUCAGAUAUUCGAAAUGAUAGUACACGUCAUAAAAGAAAUCGUGUUCGGAUUCUAGAUAAUUCUAUUGCUGUUUCAACAACAACGCAAAACUUACAGAGACAAGUUGCCGUUAAUCGUCCAUUCACAUCUGUUUUAUCGCAUUAUAAUAUGAAUGAUUAUGAGAUAUUAAGUCAUUCAUUUAGUCCAAUUCCUUUGGAUUUAUCACAAUCACAUAGUAAUCGAAGCUCAUUCUGUAGUAAUAGUAAUGAUAAUCGUUAUUAUUAUUGUACACAACAUACUACUCAUGGUGGUACUGAUUUUAAAUGUAUGUAUUCACUAGUGGAUAUCCCUAAUGAUUUAAUUGGUGUAAAUUGGAUUUCAUUUGAUCCUAGUGUAAAAGAAAUAAAUGAACAAAUUGGUUUACCCAAUACAGGUCAAACAAACUACUCAGUAAAUUGUAAUUUAACAACAAUUGGAUCACCGUUACCAUCAUUAUCUUCAUCAGAAACGGUACCAUUGACUAUACCAGUUAAUAUACAGUCUACAAAUUAUCAAUCAUCUGUUAAGGAUUAUCCAAGCAUUGAAAUUGCAGCAACAACUCCAAUUGAUAUCAUGAAUAAUGAUGAUGAAAAUAAUAACAAUAAUAAUAGUUUUAUAAGUGAUCAAAAUAUACAGUCUGUUGUUUCAGAUAAUCCUAUCACUACUGUGACAACAACGAAUUCAAUGAGACAUACAAUGUGUUUAGUAAAUAACUCUUUAACAAAUAUAUCAUGUACUCGAUCGAACUCAUUCAUCCCUACUACAUCUAACAUUCCGUGUACAUUCUCAUAUCGUAAUCAUGAUCAUAAUAGUCAUAAUAAUAAUAAUCAUAACUGGGCUACAACAUAUCUACCGUCACAAUUAGAACGAAUACACUUAAGUAGACGAUCAUCGACUAUUUGUGCGUCUCAGCCGCUAGCAUCGGCAAUAACAACAACAGUAAAUAAUAUCUGUCACCAUAGAUGUUCUUCACUAUCAGGUCACUUGUGUAGUCAUGCUAUUGGUAGCAGCAGUGGAAACUACAAUUUUUGUCCAAACAACAGUUAUAAUAAUCACCAUUUAACAAAUUACCCCUUACUUCAUAAACAUAGUUACCAGCAUCAUCAUCAUCCAAAUAAAAUAACUUCACUAGUUAAUUGUGAUUCUCCACCUGAGUCUUGUUCUAGUUCUGCUAAAGUAAAUCAUCAUUCAGAUUAUGGGUCAUUUCAUGGACAUAACGGUGUUAUGAAUCCUGCAAGUGUUAGUAGGGAAUUUUACGACGAUUCUGGUCUAGAUUUCACGUUAUCAUCACCACAUACUAAAUUAUUUUGUCCUCGCAAUGGUAGUGAUGGUCGCCAUACACUUAAUAGUUGCAUAAACCAAACACAAUUUCAAUCUACAAACAUAGAACAGAGACGCUAUUCCCUAUCAGCACUACCAUUUUGUGAAGUGAAUUUAGCAUCUCCAGUUAACACCUCAAGACAGUCAUCUAAUAGUAGACGUCGGCGUGUUAGUCUAUUGGUCGAUGGUGUUCGAUUCCUCAUUGAUGCUGAACUUCUUCAAGCUCAUCCUAAUACAAUGCUUGGACGAAUGUUUAGUUCACAAUUUCUAGAGACUAAAUAUUUGUAUGAUAAUCUUAACAAUACUAAUUAUCCUCAGUCUACGUCAAUGGAAAGCAGUUCACCAAGUGAUAGUAAAUCACAAACUACCACACAUUCAUCAUCAUCAUCAACAACGACAAUCCACCAUAAUUUUCAAACACAUCCACCAGAUAUCUCAAUUGCUCAAGAUUCAACUAUCUCAGCUCAGGUAUUUCGUACAAUUCUUGAUUAUUAUCUUAUUGGUUGUAUGUCUUGUCCACCCGGUGUUUCAGUACAAGAACUUAAAGAAGCAUGUGAUUACUUUCUUAUUCCAUUCAAUCAACAAACUGUAAGAUGUGAAAAUCUACGAGCAUUUUUACAUGAAUUAUCAAAUGAUGGUGCACAUGGUAUAUUUGGACAAUUUCUUGAAACACAUAUUCUCUCAUUACUUGUCAAGUGUACUCAAUUAGGUGAACGUGAAUGUCAUAUUGUCAUUGUAACAGAUGAUGAAACUAUUGAUUGGGAUCCAGAUUAUCCUCCACAAAUGCCAGAUAAUGAAUUAAAUUCACAUAUAAUUUACAGUACACAAAUGUUUCGAUUUUUAAAAUAUAUUGAAAAUCGUGAAGUAGCCAAACAAGUGUUACUUGAACGUAGCCUUAAAAAAAUACGUAUUGGCAUUGAAGGUUAUCCAACUUGUAAAGAUCGGGUAAAAUUUCGUCCAGGUGCUCGACCGGAAGCAAUUUACAACUAUGUUCAAUGUCCAUUUAUUCGUAUGUCUUGGGAAGAAGAAGAAAAUAAAUCACGCCAUGUAGAUUUUCAAUGUGUAAAGAGUAAAUCAGUCAGUGAUUUAACAACAGGCUUAGAACAAGCUGUCAUCGACCCACUUCCUCCACACUUAGUUCAUUCAAAUUUAAACAAUCAGUUAAGAACAUCAGCGCCAGAAUCUGUAGUUACUGUUGUAUCUUCUAAUUUCGAAACUCAAACUAGUAGUAUUGUUAGUACUACUAUUACUAAUACUAGUACACUAAACCAUAGCGUAAAUUCUGUGACUUCAAACGAACUUACCGAAUUUACCAGUGAUACUCCAGCAAAUACAUGUGCUACGAUUAACAAUAAUAAUAAUGGAAGUACAACUUACCUGAAUCGUAUAUCACGACUAUCUAAUCUCUCUGUUUUAACUUCAGAAUUAGGAUCAAAUUCAGAUGAACCAGAUUCUGCUACUCCAUUAUACAAUGCCUCUGAAUCACAAUAUGAUCCUGUCUCUCCUACUUCUUCUUCAUCUUAACGCCUAGUGUUAUAAUCUAUCACUCUAAUGUUAUAUUUCACUUCAAACAACACUGCUCUAACAAUAUUAUUUACUAAUUAUUUAUUUAUGGUGCUGUCUUGUUUGUUUUCUUUGUAAAAAUGGAACACAUACAAUCAAUACUUUAUAACUAUAGGAGAAGGGAAUAACUGAUGUUAUUAUCAGGGAUAAUAAUUCAAUGUAUCCUCUCAUUGUUCCUCAACUUACAAGCAAUUAUUCAUCAUUAAACUCUUACAGUACACAGAUAUCCACAUACAUUAUAUGCAUAUAUGUAUACUACUUACACAAAUGAGCAUAUAGGCAAUACGAAUUAUUAAUCGUAAUUGGCUGUGACCAUAAAACUAAUUUAUCUCUUGCUUUCUCUUUGUCUACGCAUAAAUGUAUACAUGCAUACUCAACAUGAUUGUACCACUCACUUUUGACUUAACUAAAUUAUUCAAUUGUAUUCGUUCAUCCUACGAUUAGGGCUACUACUAUUAUCACAUUUGAUCGCAAUUAAUGUACAGCUGAAAACAAAGGGAAACUUUAAUAAAAAGCACAAUUAUUUUUGCAUUAUCGGUUAUCUAUUGAAAUAAAAACGUUAUAUACUGUAUGUAAUAUGCUAUCAUAUAUCAAUAUAGGUGACUAUAAAUUAUCAACUAUUCUUAUUCAGAUUAAUUUUUACUAUAUUACACUCACAUAAAAUACCCAGUUGUUAUUAGGAUUCAUUAAUAAUGUUGUGUUCAUUUUGUUUAUUCCUCUGCUUUUUGUUUGUUUUGUAUUUUCUACAUUUCUAAUAGUAAAAAUUCAACAAUACUCCUUGUCUCGGUCCUCUACUACCUCUUUCUUUUUUUCGGAAAUACACAGACUGUUUAAUCUAUUUAUUAUUAUUAUUACUGAGUAGUUUCUAACACUAAUUCCCAUGUUUGUAAUAUAUAUAUGCGUGAUGUUUACUCACUGUCCGUCCGCGUCUGUCCAGUUUUAUCUUCUACGUCUACAAUAUCUUUUUGAUUCGUCAACGUAAGUGAAUACGUUAAAAUGUUUGCCUAGUUAGCUUUAAUUGUUUGUUUAUCUCAUUUGUAACAUUGAUGAUGAUUUAAGAUGUUAACGAAUAUGUUUAAAUUGGAAAAAAGGGCAGAUUAUAAAAAGUGUAAUAUCAAAUUGUACACUGAUUCAUUAAUUUACUGUUUUGUUCUCUUUUGAAUAAAAAAAAUUUCAAUUUCUGUUAAGUGUACGUUUCC